CGUAAAUCCGCAGACAAUUAGAUCCCCAACACCGUGGCAUUUCCGUAAUUAACUCCAAAAACCAUGACGCAAUUUCUACACCAUGGGACAAGUAAGACUCUCUCUCUCCCCCCCCCCCUCUCUCACUGCAAUGACACUGAAGCUCAUCAGUAAUAGAUUCCCAACUGAAUCAAAAACGCCAACUUUGGCCCUCUCUCGCUCUCUACUUCUCCUUGUUUGUCCGUCCACCACUCACCUGUAAAACCGCCACCUCCCGCCGCGGUUUCAAUUUCAUUUCCAGAUACGACGUCGGCGCCAAGCUAGACGAGUUUAUCUAAGAGACAGAUACAAUCCAAUACAAUAGACGGCCUUGAACUAACCGUCAGCGGUUAAACGACGCCGGACUGCCGUCGCCUGAGUAGUAUACAUAUUCCCAAAUGCGUCGCCGGAGCUUCGGGAGCUGAGACGAUGGGUUGCGUUUUGGGCACGGAGGCCGCCGGAGAUCGCCGAAGAUCCGUCGGAGCUGGGCACCGUCGCCGGAGUGUCGAGGCGCCCUCCGGAGUGGAGGCUAUCAGGAAUGAUAGGAAGGAGGCGGUAGCGAGGCAGAGGGAGAAUCACACCGGCGACUUUCCGGCGAUCGAGCGCCGGAAACCUUUCCCGGCGAACCAGCAGGGUUGGCCUUCGUGGCUCUUGGCCGUCGCCGGCGACGCGAUCCAGGGUUGGACCCCUCGUCGCGCCAACACUUUCGAGAAGCUCGCUAAGAUUGGGCAAGGGACUUAUAGCAAUGUAUAUAAAGCAAGAGACUUGGUUACUGGGAAAAUUGUGGCUUUAAAGAAGGUUAGGUUUGAUAAUUUGGAGCCAGAGAGUGUGAAAUUCAUGGCCAGAGAGAUCAAUGUGCUGAGAAAGCUUGACCAUCCCAAUGUUAUUAAACUUGAAGGCUUGGUCACUUCAAGAAUGUCUUGCAGCCUCUACUUGGUUUUCGAGUACAUGGAGCACGAUCUCUCUGGCCUUGCCGCUUCCUCGGGAGUCAAGUUCACUGAGCCUCAGGUCAAGUGCUAUAUGAAACAGCUGCUAUCUGGGCUUGAGCAUUGCCACAACCAUGGUGUCUUGCACCGUGAUAUCAAGGGAUCCAAUCUGUUAAUUGACAAUGAAGGCAUUUUAAAAAUAGCUGAUUUUGGACUGGCUACAUUUUUUGAUCCUGAGCAGAAGCAACACAUGACUAGUCGAGUUGUCACUCUCUGGUACCGCCCACCUGAACUUCUUCUUGGGGCCACUUUCUACGGAGUUGGUGUUGACCUUUGGAGCGCUGGCUGCAUUUUGGCAGAGUUACUUUCUGGGAAGCCUAUUAUGCCAGGACGGACAGAGGUUGAGCAACUGCACAAGAUAUUUAAGUUAUGUGGCUCCCCAUCUGAGGAAUAUUGGAAAAAAUAUAAAUUGCCAAAUGCAACACUUUUUAAGCCACAGCAGCCAUAUAAGCGUUGUGUAGCAGAAACAUUCAAGGAUUUCCCAGCUUCUUCACUACCUUUGAUCGAAUCUCUUCUAUCAGUAGAUUCUGAUGGACGAGGCACUGCCACCACUGCUCUCAAUAGCGAAUUGUUCACUACGGAGCCUUUUGCUUGUGAGCCAUCAAGUUUGCCAAAAUAUCCUCCCACCAAAGAAAUGGAUGUAAAGUUACGAGAUGAAGAAGCUAGAAGGCAAAGAGGUCUAAGUGGGAAACCUAAUGCUGCUGAAGGUCCCAGAAGAGUUAAAGGUCGUGAACGAGUCGGUCGGGCGAUUCCAGCUCCAGAAGCUAAUGCAGAGAUUCCAGGAAACUUAGAUAGGUGGAGAGUGAUGACACAAGCAAAUGCCAAGAGCAAGAGUGAGAAAUUCCCACCCCCACAUCAGGAUGGAGCUGUUGGAUACCCACAAGAUACAUCACAUAAAGGCCCAGUAUCAUUUGUCACAACAACUGACGCUUCAUUUGGAUCAGUGAUCUUUAACACAAAAUCUUCUACAUCUGCUAAAAGCAUGGGAGCGAUUGGGGGGCCUUCGAGGAGGAGGAAAACCAAUAGAGACGACCCCCGCAUAGCUCCAUCUCGGAAGUUGAUCCAGGCAUUCAAGCCUUCCUCAAUAGGGCUCUCGAUGAAUUUAUUAUUUAACAGUAAAGAACCCAAAAAGGACUCACGGCUGUGCCUUUGUGUUUUUGUUCGAGACCGUACGGAAAUGGCAACACGGAGAGAGCACAUAGAAGAAAUACGCAUGACAAAGUUCUCCAUUGGAGGUGAACUCAACCCUUUAACUGAAGAUCUUCACCAGGCCGUCAAGAAUCUCUCUGCUGAGCUCUAUGCUAAAGAUGUUCACUUUCUCAUGGAACUCAUCCAGAAUGCAGAAGAUAAUGAGUACUCAGAGGGGGUUGAUCCAUCACUUGAGUUUGUCAUAACAUCCCGGGAUAUAACCGGCACAGGAGCUCCUGCCACAUUGCUCGUUUUCAAUAAUGAGAAGGGAUUUUCUCCUAAAAACAUAGAGUCUAUUUGCAGUAUUGGACGGUCCACCAAGAAAGGCAACAGGAAGCGCGGCUAUAUUGGGGAGAAAGGAAUUGGCUUCAAGAGCGUGUUUCUGAUCACAGCUCAGCCUUACAUUUUUAGUAAUGGUUAUCAGAUAAGGUUCAGUGAAGAGCCUUGUAUGCAUUGCAAUCUUGGGUACAUAGUUCCUGAAUGGGUUGAGGAAAACCCAACUCUGUCUGACAUAAGACAGAUAUAUGGUUCUGGUUCUGCCCUUCCAACUACAACACUGAUCUUACCUCUAAAGCCUGACAAGGUCAAACCUGUGAAGCAGCAGCUCUCUAGAAUGCAUCCUGAAGUUCUCUUAUUCCUUGCAAAGGUUAAGCGGCUCUCGGUUAGGGAAGUUAAUGAGGAUCCAAGGCUCAACACUGUAACCGCGAUAGCAAUAUCAAGUGAGACUGAUUUUGAGACGCGGAAGAACAUUGAUGCUGAUUCCUACACGCUCCAUCUCUCUGCAGAAGAAAAUGGUAAUGAGUUGGAAACUGAAUGCAGUUAUUAUAUGUGGAAGCAGAAGUUUCCUGUCAAGCAAGACUGCAGAGAUGAGAAGAGAAUGGAGGUAGAUGAGUGGGUGAUCACGCUAGCAUUUCCAUAUGGAGAACGCCUUAAUAGAGGAACAAGCUCACCCGGGAUCUAUGCAUUCCUUCCCACCGAAAUGAUUACAAAUUUGCCUUUCAUAAUUCAGGCAGAUUUUCUUUUAGCAUCAUCAAGAGAAAAUAUUCUAUUGGACAAGAAGUGGAAUCAAGGAAUUCUGAACUGUGUGCCCUCUGCAUUUAUUAAUGCAUUUCUCUCGCUCGUGAGAACUGUAGAAGAUGCACCGGUAUCUAGUUUGCCUCCCUUUUUCAGGUUCUUACCUGUCCAGAGCUCUCACUAUCAUGAAUUGAAUGUUGUGAGGGAGUCGAUCAAAGCACGGCUGGUGGAGGAAGAUAUUGUACCAUGUGAGCCGCACAAGGGGCAGAAGUUCUUCCAUAAACCUCGUGAAGUGGGUAGGUUAUUGCCUGCUUUUUGGAAUAUUUUGAGAAAGGCAAGGGAAGUAGGGUUAAGCUUGCCGAAUCUCUCUUCCCAUGGAAAAUAUAUUUUGUGUCAUUCAUUUGACAAAAAGGAGUAUGAUCACAUUCUGAGUUUCCUUGGAGUUGAACCAGUGGAUGAUGAAUGGUAUGCUAAAUGCAUUCAGAGUUCCAAUCUGGUAGUUGGGGUUCCAGAAGAUGUCUACUUGGAACUUCUACUGUUUAUUGCUGAUAAUUGGGGGCCCAAAUUUCAUUGCACCACCAUCAAGUACAUACCGCUAAUAAAAUUUGUGGAUCUUUAUGAGCGUGCUUCUUUGUGCAGCUUGAGCUCAAUGCGGACUGGUGAAAAGAAGGUUCGCCUAUCCCGUCAUUUUUGGGAGGUUUCAUGGCUGAUUGACUGGAACCGUGAAUUUAUAUCUGUGGCAAGUCUUCUUUUUAUGCCAAAAAGAACCCAAGAAGCUAUCCAGUCAUGUCCUAACAAGGACAAGUUGGUGAAAUGGCUUGCGGAAGAAAUGAAGGUUGAUACUUUAAAUGUACACGAAUAUGCAGUUUGCCUCUAUAAUUCUCUUGGUAAUGAACGGAAACCUGCUGUUGCAUACGCCCACUUUUUGUAUCAUUCAUUCCACAAGGGCCAUAUAUCUUAUCCCGAAGUUGUUGAUUUAUGUGGUAAGAUGCCACUCGUGAAUAACUACGGGUAUGUGAUCAGACAAAAGACAGGGGUUAUUGUCCCUGCCAAUGAAAGCAAGUGGGCUGGGUUGACUGAUUCAAAUCUAUGGACAGAAGAAGGGUAUGUUGAGUUAGGAGAAGAUUACAUGAAUCCAGGCUGCUUUGCAGGUAAAGUUACUGAACCGAAGCAGCUCCUUGAGUUCCUCAAAGUUCCUACUGGAGCUUCGGAUGUCCCUUAUAUUUCUGCUCCCAAUGCCUGUAUUCCAACUGUAUCUGCAACACUCACUAAGCAAAAUGCAUUCUUGCUUUUGGAAUGGAUUCGUCACCUGAGAUACCAAAGGGUUCACAUCCCGGAGAAGUUCUUGAAAUGUAUAAAGGAAGGCGGCUGGUUGAAAGUUAUUUUGAAUGGUUUUUCUGCGUCCAGGCCACCUUCGCAGUCAUUUGUACUUACACCAUCAUGGGGAAACAUUUUGCAGAACGGAUCCGCUUUUGUUGAUAUCCCGUUGGUUGACCAGAGUUAUUAUGGUGAGAGAAUUGAUGGUUACAAGGAAGAGCUGAAAACAAUUGGAGUGAUGUUUGAAUUUGGAGAAGCAUGUGAGUUUAUUGGGAAGCAUCUUAUGUCUCUGGCAGCGUCGUCCACUUUAACUAGAGGCAACGUACUUUCAAUACUACAAUUUAUCAAGCUCUUGAGGGACAAAUGUCUUCCCCCAGACGAUUUCAUCCGCAGUAUCAGAAAAGGACAAUGGCUUAAAACAAAAUCUCAUGGUUAUAGGUCUCCUGUUGGAUCUGUCUUGUUUGACCAAGAGUGGAGAAUUGCGUCCAAAAUAAGUGACAUUCCCUUCAUUGAUCAGGAGUUAUAUGGUGAAGAAAUCUUCUGUUUCAAAAUAGAACUUGAGUUGCUUGGUGUGGUUGUCUCCUUCAAAAGAAAUUACCAUCUUAUCAUCGACCACCUUAAGUCACCUGCACGCUUAACUGCUCUGACACCUGAGGCUGUUCUACUAAUGCUUCAAAUUAUGGUUAUUUCAAAUUCAUCUGAUAAGAUUGUCGAAGCAUUGAAAGGAGCGAAAUGCCUGAAGACAAAUAAUGGUUACAAGUCUCCACGUGAAUGUCUCUUGUUUCACCCUGAAUGGGGUUGCCUUCUUCAGGUCCUUAGUGGCCUCCCAUUGAUUGAUCAUAAUUUUUACGGAAGCAGAAUCUUUAACUACAGAGACGAGUUGAGAAAGAUAGGGGCAGUUGUUGAUUUUGAAGAGGCUGCAAAAGUAUUUGCUCGCCAUUUCCGGCAGGCUUCCAUCAUCACCAAAGAAAAUGUUUCAUCAUUUUUGUCCUGUUACAGAAAGCUGAAGGGCACUCAGUUUAGAUUUCCUGCGGAUCUUAAGAGUUGCAUUCGCGAAGAAAAGUGGCUGCGUACUCGCCCUGGUGUUUAUAGAUCUCCAAGACAGUGCAUUCUCUAUAGUCCUAAUUGGGAUUCUAUCUCUCCAAUGUGUCCUCUUCUCCCUUUUAUUGACGACUCUAAUAAUUGGUAUGGCAAGAACAUUCAUGAAUAUAAGGAAGAGUUGAAGAGCUUGGGGGUUGUUGUGGAAUUCAAGGACGGGGUCAAGUUUGUGCCUUCUGGUCUUCAGCUUCCCAAGAAUCUGAGCCGCAUUUCUCGAGGAAACGCACUUGCUUUGCUGGAAUGCAUAAGGAUUCUAUUGCAGGAGAAAGAUUACUCCUUUCCUGAUGCGUUCAUGAAGGAAGUUUCUCAGGCAUGGUUAAAGACUGGUGCUGGUUAUAGGCUUCCCACCCAGUGCUUGUUGUUUGAUUCCAAGUUUGGUGAGUAUCUAAAGCAGACUGAUGGGCCUUUCAUUGAUGUAGAAUUUUAUGGUUGUAAAAUUGCAACAUACAGACAAGAGCUGUCUGCAAUAGGAGUGACUGUUGAAGCGGCAGAAGGAUGUCCUUUGAUUGCCAGCCAGCUUUAUCUUCAUGAUGAGUUUUCCACUUUCGUUCGAGUAUAUAAUUACUUGAGUGAGUUUAAGUGGGAGCCAGAUAGUGAGGCUGACAGAUGGAUCUGGAUUCCGAAGGGAGAUCAGAAUGGAGAUUGGGUUAAUGCAGAUGCCUGUGUUGUAUAUGACAAGGAUGAUCUAUUUGGUUCGCAGUUGACUGUUCUGAAGAACUACUUUGAGCAUAACCUACUCGUGUUCUUCUCCAGGGCUUACAGGGUAAAGUCCCGUCCUUCAAUUGAUGACUACUGCGAGCUCUGGAAGGCGUGGGAAACUUCUGAAACUGGAUUGUCGCAGGAUCAAUGUUGCAAGUUCUGGCGGUAUGUUUCAAAGAACUGGAAUGCAAAAACUGAGAAAGCUCUCCCUGAGGCCUUGGUGAAAGUACCUGUUAAUUCAGGCUCAGAUGAAAUCGUUUUGUUAAACAAGUGCGAUGUUUUCCUUCCAGAUGACCUUCAACUUAAGGAUCUUUUUGAACAGUCUUCUCCUGACCCCGUCUUUGUUUGGUAUCCUCAGCCAAGCUUGCCUGACUUGCCUCGGACUACAUUGCUUGAAAUGUAUAGGAAAAUUGGUGUUCGUACUAUUUCUGAAUCUGUACAGAAGGAAGAACUGUCCCUCGAAAAUAGUGUUGAUCAACAGGUAAUUCCAACAGAGAAAUUGAUCGGGAAAGUGCUACUCCGGCUGAUUCUUGGUUUUCUAGCUUGCCCUCCCAUUGAAAUGGAAGCAGGGACGAGGCGAAAAGCUGUCCAAGGUCUUCUCAGUCUCACGGUUGUAGAGACAACUGAACCGAUCACUGUAAACUAUAACUUACCAUUGUCUUCUGGGGAGAUUUUGAAUGUCAGAGCAAGCCGCAAGAUAAGAUGGGACAGAGAGAUGUCCAAAUUUUUCACUCAGAAAAUUGACAGGUCUGGGGGACAUAAAAGCAUCGUUGAGUUUGCCACAUAUUUCUCUGAAGUAAUAUCUGAUGGUGUCUUGUGGGAGUACACUGAUCAUAUCCCUGCACUUUCUGAGCUGAUCAAAUUGGCCUUUGUGCUAGAAUUUAAUGAGGAAGCAGUUGAUUUUUUUAUGAAGUCCAAGAAUUUGCAAAUCUUCAUUGAGGAUGAAGAGUUUCUCAAUUCUGCCUUCCCUUCUUCCACCUAGGCAUGCUAUGAAGCAUUUGUGGUAAUGUUUGGUUUACGUUCUUUAUUUGUUAUCUUUGCAUUAGAAAUUUAUAUAUAGAGUUGGAGAGGAAGGUAAGUCUGUCAAUGUAAUUUGUUUGUAGCAUCAGUCUGUCCAUAUGUGUUGUGAACUUUAUUUGUGUGACUUGUGUGUUUUUGUCAAUGGGAUUCUGAUUCCGGACAGUUUCUUCGUUUGUAAUUUAAAUCAGCUGCUAGUUUGCUAAUAAUCUGUCAGAUAUGUUGAAUUCUAUUUUCACAAGAGGCCUUGUGUUGUGGCACUCAUGGCUUCUUGUGUUUUUCAUUAUGAAUAUUGCUUACUCAACUCAUAA